AAUCAUCUCAAGCAUUAUCUCAUAGACUCUCUGUGUCAAUACUUAACAGCGUUAGGUAAAUAUGCAUGUCUCGUUUGGAUAAAGGUGCGAUGACCUUUGGCUAUUCGUUUAAACUCUGUACUCUGUACACCAGUGGUACGUGGUUCCUCACUGUCUAGGCGGCAGCGCGACAUGGAGGAAAUCAACUUUUACGCGGAUAGAUAGCCCUACGUUUUCGCUUGACAUAUAUGUCAAUAAGCAAACUGAAUCAGUCAUGUCAAAAAUAGGUGUCGUUCUUGUAUCUUUGAAGUUUCGCGUACUUGUGCCCAUUAAAGAUCGCGUGCUGUAGCUAUGUGUCUGAGUGCACAGAUUUAGAUAUGCAGUAAAGUUAGGCGAUAGCCGUUAAAUGCGUGUAACUGAGAAAGAUGUUAUUCGCCGUGCUGGGAUCAAAGUAAUAUUGCAGUAGUUCUGCGACGAGAUCGGGACUCUAGGAUACUUUCUUUUGCUUUUUUAGCAGGGAAACAAAUGGUCAAACUAGCUGCGGAUCCAUCGGUCCUUUUGGUCUGGGCAGCCUUUGUAGAUCUAGAUUAAUAAAAGUAACCCCCCCAAAGGCUCAGCUGUUCCUCACACAUGCAAACACACAAAGAAGGACCGAAAGGUACAGUAUUAACGGCCCGCGUGAGAGCUAGCAAAGGAGAGCUGCUAACGACAUACAGUACGUGUCACCUUGGCAGCCCAAACUCAAACUCGAAAUCUCGUGUUACAUCAGUCUGAGUCCUGCACCUCUUGGAUGUAUUUAACCUCUUGGUUUGAUUGCCAUACAGACCUUCUAUAAAACAUUGAUAUGGGCUCUUCAUGGACGAUUCAUUCAAGUUCUGCCCCUUUCACGGGGGUCAUUGCGACUCGCCAGCUCCAGUUCCUCUUUCAAGCUUUCUCCUUACCCUGCUUUGACUCUGAUUCUGUUAAUUUCAAAUAAUAACAAAUGCUUUUAAUGGGCAUGAUGAAUCCAGAUUCACGUUUCAAAUGCAUGUGCAAUCAGUAAUGAGAAAAAAAAAAAAACAAAAAAACAACAACAACCAUCUACCUCUCUACGUCUUCGCUUUUCCGUCCGUUCUCUCUUUCUCUCUCCUUCUCUCUCUUUCUCUCUCCUUCUCUUUCUUUCUCUCCCUCUGGAUUGUUAUCGUUAGGCUGCAGAUCUCACAAUCGAGAAGAAUCCAGUGCCGAAGCCCAAACCAGACCCGUCCUCGCUGGUCUUCGGGAAGCAGUUCUCGGACCACAUGCUGACCGUCUCCUGGUCAGAGAAGGGUGGAUGGGAGGCUCCACAGAUCAAACCUUUUCAGAACCUGUCCCUGCAUCCUGCCUCCUCAGCCCUGCACUACUCUAUAGAGCUCUUUGAGGGGAUGAAGGCCUACCGUGGGGUGGAUAACCACAUUCGUCUCUUCAGGCCCAUGCUGAAUAUGGAGCGCAUGCAUCGCAGUGCCAAGCGCUGCUGCUUACCUGUGUUUGACAAGGCUGAGCUGCUGGAGUGCAUUAAGAAGCUGGUGGAGGUGGAUCAGGAGUGGGUUCCGUAUUCUCAGGAUGCCAGUUUGUACAUCAGACCCACCUUCAUUGGCACUGAGCCUUCUCUGGGCGUGUCUCGAGCAGGCCACGCCCUGAUCUUUGUCAUCGUGGGGCCAGUAGGUCCUUACUUUGCCACAGGGGCUUUCAGUCCAGUGUCUCUGCUCGCUGAUCCCCGCUACGUCAGGGCCUGCCGUGGAGGAGUGGGAGCAUACAAGAUGGGCGGGAACUACGGGCCCACCAUAGCCGUCCAGAGUGAGGCAGUGAAACAGGGCUGUCAGCAGGUGCUUUGGCUGUACGGAGAUCAGGAGGAGAUCACAGAGGUCGGCACCAUGAACCUCUUCAUCUACUGGACCACAGAAAACGGAGAACGGGAGCUGCUCACCCCUCCUCUGGAUGGCAUCAUUCUCCCAGGCGUCACCAGACAGUCUCUGCUGGACCUUGCCAGGGAGUGGGGGGAGUUUAAAGUGACGGAGCGCAUCAUUGGAAUGAAGGAGCUGAUUUUGGCUCUAGAUGCUGGGCGGGUCCUGGAGGUGUUUGGGGCAGGUACUGCGUGUGUGGUUUGCCCCGUGGGUAGUCUGCUGUACAAAGGACAGAUGUAUCAAAUUCCAACCAUGAAGAAUGGUCCAGAUCUUGCAAAGAGAUUCUACAAAGAACUUACUGACAUACAGUAUGGGCGCAAACAGAGAGACUGGGCCCCGCUUGUCGUCUGAUUGGUCCGUUUCAUGCCAGUGGUCUUCAUCCGGUCGAAAUGGAAAAGCUCUCAUAACAGAUCACCUGUCUCUCUCUCUGUCUCCUUCUCUCUCCUCACAGAGCAGGAGAAGACAGACUGGUCUGAGUUGUGAGUGGAUAGUAUUGUUUUGUUUUUUUUUACGUGUGGACUUUUAAAGGGAUAGGUUUUAGUUGUUUUACUGUAACCACUUGACAGGACAGUCCUGAAACAACCACUGAACUUGAUUAGCAGUGAUGUGGCUGCUGCUGCAGCAGUGCCCCUCUCACGUGUUCUUAUCGUUUUAUUUUUCCACCUUAAUUCUGUCCUUCUUCAGCACACACUGUGAGGCAUGAAGGGUUUGAAUAACACAGACACUUCCAUUUUAAGCCAAUACCUGUAUUUGACUGAUGUUUGUUCUCUGCAGUAAUUCUAUGGUGUAGUUGUCUGUUACAGGGACAAUAACCCAAAUGACAAGAAAAUAUGUAAAAUAUCAGAAAUGAAAAUAGAUAAGGAACAAAAAGGUCAGUUGACAGAUUUCUGUAGGAAUAUGCGUCAAACUGGAUUUUAACAUUGCAGUAACACUAUUAAAAUGAAUUUGUUUCAUGUUAGUUACCUGGAGAACCAGUUAUGUGGAUCUUAGGCAGGUGUGUUAAAUUACCUGUGUGUAAUAUAAGGAAACUUAUUUUAGCUUUCUCUGAUGGCUUGGAAGGAUGACAUGUUUGUAUAUGCUAAGCAUAUGUACACAGGCCGGUUUGGAAAGGAGAUACACAUUUCCUCCUGUCAUAGAGAGGAGAAAGUCUGUACCUGUGCCUGUCUUCCUUUUGGGGAUCUUGAUUGGGUAACUGCUUCCUUCAGUAGAUCUAACAUUGUCAUGAGUUGGCAGAGUCUGUAAUUGGAGCAGCGGAGACCACUGAGUUGCAGCGUUACCUGUAACAUGGACCUGAUGUUGUGUUACCUGUAACAUGGACCUGAUGUGGUGUUGCCUGUUAAAAAAAUAGUUUUAAAAUGUGAACUGUCUGGGUUUUCAUCGGGAUUCUCUUUAUUUUUUUCGUUAUUCAUCAAAGGUCUUGUCUCCAUUUUGUAAGUUGCAGUGUGUUUAUGUUGCCAUGGUAAUGACUACUGUAAGCAUUUCUAGAUGCCGUUUCCUACCCUGAUUCUGUUUUCUCUGUCAUCUUCCGUCUCUCCUCUUCGUUCUAAGUGCCUGAUGGUGUUGUCGUGCUGUAUUCUGUGUUUCCGUGGUGACUCUGUGACACGGCUGCCCUGAGGGCAGUGCUGCUGUAUGUUCAGCUGGGUAUUUUUAAUGCUGUAUUUUACUGGGGGAGGGGAGCAGUGGUACUCUGUUUGCUGUUACUGUAUUUUUACAAUAAAUUUGCAUCUGCUUUA